AUGCCCAUCGUUGAAUUACAUUCAAAGUUUUUGCUUAACGUAUCUGAUAUUGAGGCAAGAAAGAUUAACUUUCAUUACGGCGUCCUACUUGGUUUUCAAGAUAAUGACAAGCUUGUCGUUGCCACAUCAUUCGAAAUUAUCCACGACGACAAGGCAAUUGAUUAUGAGUUUUUGUACAAGAGAUACAAUCAAUUGAAGCUAGUGUAUCCUGGCUUUACCAUACUUGGAAUAUACCAUAUGAAUGAAAGAAAUUCGUCAACUAUAGCUAUGUUUCAAGAAAUUCAGAGAUGCUGCAAUUCUUACGACAUACCGAUGAAUUCACAACAGAUUUAUGUAAUUUACGACAAAGCUGACGAAAAGCACCCAUUCAAGUCGUAUUCUGCUGAAAACUCUCAAGCUUUAGAGACUACAGUCAAUACUAGCGAAACUGAAAACAUCACUGUUUCCACAAUUGAAAAACACAAGGUGUAUUUUGAAACAAGUGGUAAACGACAAAGACAACCUAUAAACAUAAAGAAACAUAUAGACGAUGUUGCCAAUGUGGUUAAAAAUUUGCAAAAGCUUGAUGAAAAGAGCGUAAACUUGAAUAAAGCGGCUAAUAGCAACCAAACUAAUUAUGCCAAUAUGUUGAAAUUACAAACGACGCAGUUGGCAUUAUUGACAGAACAGAAAGCAGUAUUGGAUAGUGCGCAAAGUAAUCUUGUGAGACUUUGGCAGUUGUCGUAG